CGAAUUAUGUUAACUAAUGAACACAAAGUAAUAAUACACUGUAUCCGAAUGAUACUAUGGAUUAUAUUUCAGCAGGAGAAAGUGCUAUUUAACAAACCAUGACAACAAUGUUUGCAAUUCAACAUGCCCACUUAUAUCUAAGAAAACAAUCCAAAGUUAAAGCUCAUUACUAGUCCUUGAUGCCUUAUCCAAUAAUAGCAGCUCUCGCUAAUGGAGAAUCUUGUCUUGCGAUGUAAAAAAGUUCAUCAUACUUUGAACCCAGACAUGGUUCUACAUCAUGUACGGUCAAUCAACAUAUUGAAUUUUUCCAAUCUUUACUGAAAAAAAAUAAAAAAAAAUAAAAUAGAACCCUCUUAUAUUCUAUUUGACACCUUUGAGCAUCAAUUUGUUUCUACUAUCAGCAGCUCCAAAACUGAAGAUUCCAUCUAGGAACGUCGGCAUAUCUCAUUUUCUACAGAACUCCAGAAAUAACUAGGUACUCAGCAGAAACGAGUUUUGGAAUAAAAGGAAUCUCAUCGAGCACCAUUUCUUCCACAACUUUUAACCACUUUAUCAAAUAAGUUUAAAAAAAGGUAUAAUGAAGUGACCUAGUUGAACUAUAAAUAGAUGGAAUGAUAGCUCUUACUUACAACAAAAGCAAGACAUCCAACUGUGAAUCCUUCUCACAAUACUACAUUCAGUCUUCAUCUACCAGGUUCUUUUUUAAUUCCAGCAAUUUCACAAAGAAAAAUAAAAAAACACAACAACAACAACAACAACAACAACAAAAGAGCCAUUUUCACCUCCCAAAACCUAAGGUUACAAAAUUCUUGGUAAUUUACAAGCAAUGGAUGUAGUGAACAGAUUGGUUGAAGAAAAGCCUUUGGUAAUCUUUACAAAGAGUUCUUGUUGCAUAAGCCACUCAGUGAUGCAACUCAUAAGCAGCUAUGGAGCAAAUGCAACAAUCUAUGAACUGGAUAACAUGUCCAAUGGACAAGAGGUAGAUAAAGCUCUCCAAAGACUAGGGGUUAAGCCAAGUGUACCUGCUGUUUUUAUAGGACAAAAAUUAGUUGGUGGAGCUAAAGAAAUUAUUAGUCUGCAGGUUCAAGGAAGACUUGUGCCAAUGCUUAAGGAGGCAGGAGCUUUAUGGGUUUAGAAAAAAGAACUUACAUCUAGCAAGAAAACUAUAAAUCCAUAAUUUUCAGUUUUUUUUUUUGGUUGUUGCUUUAAUUUUAAAUUGUAACUAGGGAUGUAUAUUCUUCGUUUUGAUCCCCUUCUAUCUAUCUUUUUAAUGAUUAGAUGGAAGGGUAUAUACAUUAGCCCCUAGUGUAAGCAGCUGGCUACAUUACGUGGUGUAAUCAAAAUAUUCAAGUAAUGAGUAUCUAUUUUCACAAAAACUUCUUUAAACCUUCCACAUUAAUGUAAUAUUUCACAUUGCCUCAGUUGAUCAUAAAUAUCCAGCAUCAUAUGUCAAACUUUUGAGUUGUACAAAAUAUUAUAGUGGAGCAG